AUGUGGCAAUCAGCGCUAUUCUUACUCGCAUCAUGGGCAAUUCAGCCCGCCAUUGGCUUACAACAAGAGCCAUUGGCCGAAAUCUCGGCAAAUAAGAAGCAUCUCCUGCUCGGCGACGACCUGAUCGCAUUCCACAAGAACUUGACGCAAAUCGAAUCCAUCACGUACCACGAACAGGAGGCCGGGAAAUGGCUGGCCAAGAGCCUCUCGAGCCAAGGCUACACGGUCGAGAAGCAGUACAUCGACGACGACAGCGGCCGCUUCAAUGUUUUUGCCUAUCUUGGCAAGAAGCGGGAGACUGAUAUUCUAGUUUCGAGCCAUUAUGACACGGUCCCGCCAUUUUACCCGUACUACCACAAAAACAAAACCAUCGGCGGCCGCGGCAGCGUCGACGACAAAGCCAGCCUCGCCGCCCAACUAAUCGCAGUCAACACCCUCAUCACCACCAAAAAGCUCCACGCAAACGACAUCUCCCUGCUCUUCGUCGUAGGCGAAGAGACGGGCGGCGACGGCAUGCGUCUCGCCAACGACCUGCACCUCACCCCGAAAACCAUCGUCUUCGGCGAGCCCACGGAAGCCAAGCUCGUUGCAGGCCACAAAGGCAACGACGCGCUGACCAUCAAAGCAAAGGGCAAAGCGGCCCACAGCGGGUAUCCCUGGCUAGGGCGCAGCGCGAACGAGGUGCUCGUCGCGGCGCUCGCGGCCGUCAUCGAGCUGGGCCCGCACCUGCCGCGGAGCGAAAAGUACGGCGCGACGACCGUGAACAUCGGCAAGAUUGAGGGCGGCGUGGCGGGGAAUGUGGUGGCGGAGAGUGCGGCGGCGACGAUUGCGAUUCGCAUUGCGGCGGGCGAUGCGGACGAGGUCGAGCGGGAGAUUACCAAGGCGGUGCAUAUGGCCGUGCGCUCGUUUCUGGAGGAGGGGAUGCGGCCGGAGGAUGUGGUGGAGCUGCAGUUUUCUGCGCGCGGCUAUGGGCCGAUUGACAUCGAUGCGGAUGUGCCUGGAUUUGAUGUGAUGACGGUGAAUUACGGGACGGAUAUUCCGUGGUUGAAGAAGACGGUAGGCGGGCAGAAGCGGUAUCUGUAUGGGCCCGGGAGCAUUAUGGUCGCGCACAGCGAUCAUGAGGCCUUGACUGAAGAGGAGCUUUUCGGGGCGGUGGAGGACUACCAGAAAAUCAUCCUGCAUGCAUUCAAAGCGGGGCAGUAG